AUGAAAACUUCACAAAUAAGCCUACUAGGCAACAAUGCACCAAAAUUAAACGAUUUUAAAGAAGUAAGACUGCGAGGAGUUAGCCAAUAUGGAUCACGAGAACUAAGUACUGAUAAUAUCAUUGAAUUUAUCAGAAAAAACUUAGCUAAUUACCAACCUAAUACUCUAAAGUCUAUUUUCAGUUCACUAAUUUCUUAUGCUAAAUUCCAAAAAAUAGCGAUUGAACGAGAAUUAAUAAUUAGACUAAUUCCCAAGGUUCAAGGGAAAAUUUUUGAUACUAUUAAUAAAGAGGAAUUAGAACAAUUAAAAAACUCUAGCCCUAAAAAUAGAAAAAUUAACGAUCGUAAUAAUUUAGUGUUAGAUUUUUUAUUCUAUGCAGGAUUAAGAGUUAAUGAGUUGAUAAACAUUCGCCACUGCGAUUACCAAAAUAAUCAACUAAGGAUACUAGGUAAAGGUAAUAAAGUAAGAUAUGUUUUUCUUCCUGAUUUUUUAGCCCAACAUUUUCAGUUUAAUUCUCAAGAAUAUUUUUUUCAAACCAAAAAUAAAAAAAGGUUAAUUCAUAGUCAAAUCAGAAAAAUAAUUAACCGAGGAAUUAAAAAGGCGGGGGUUAAUAAACAUAUCACUCCCCAUAGUUUUCGUAGGAGUUUCGCUACUCUUCUGAACAAUAGGGAAGUGAAACUAACUACUAUUCAGAAAUUAUUAGGACAUAGUGAUAUUAACACCACUACUACUUAUAUUCAUAAUAACUAUCAAGAAUUAUAUCAAGAUUAUAGUAAGUUGUGA